GGUCAUCAAUGAACAGCGCACCGCUCUCUUCAAUUUCAGCUACGCCGUCUUUACAUAGCAACGAAAGUAACACACUGCCACCACCAUAUGUGAACCAUUGCAUGAGCACACCAGCUGGGGUAAUAUUGCCUAGGAAACUCAAAGACUUUCCGGAGUUCAGUGGCCUAGCUGAGGAUUGGCCAUUGUUCAUCAACGCUUUUGCGCAGUCUACGUCAGCAUAUGGGUACACAUACUUGGAGAACAAUCAACGUCUCCAAAAAUGUUUGAAGGGUGAAGCUAGGGAGACGGUGAAGUCGCUGUUGAUAUAUCCGGACCAUGUCGACACUGUCAUCGAACAGCUCCGUUUUCGUUUCGGUCGUCCAGAGCAGCUCAUUCAAAGUCAGCUAUCUGUAGUGAAAGACAUUACCCCUAUAUCGGAGAGUGGAGUUGAAAGAUUGAUACCAUUUGCUACUAAGGUAAAAAAUUUGUCAGCAUUUUUGCAGUCUGCCGGUGGUCACCAGCAUUUAGCCAACCCAACUCUGAUCUCCGAACUAAUCAACAAGUUGCCAAUGUCGAAAAGGAUUGAAUGGGCGCGCUACUCUUCAGCAAUACAACCGUAUCCCACCGUAGUACAUUUUAGCGAGUGGUUAAGUGAAACCGCCAACUUAAUAUGCAGAGUUCAAGAACAGGAACUUCGAGAAACAGCGCCGUGUAGUCCUAUAUGCUUCUGAAGA